AUGCGGACGGCGAGGUCGAAGAUACGCGGCGCAUUACGAUCGCGAUCGGCCGCAAAAUCAAUAUGGCGUGGGGUUCGUGCACAAAGUGGAUGUUUAACCCGCGACCCGGGCGUGCGGCAGCGCGGCGCAAGCCUCGCCGGGCCAUCCGUCACGCCCUCUAUCGAAGACGAACUGAGCCAAUACGACCGCGUGCAACCAAAAGUCGACGACACCGCACCACCUACGUCCGCGUACUGUCCC